AUGGCAGAUAAGUUGCAGUAUAAAGUUACGAGCACCAUUGGCAGCGGAGAAAGGUAUGUUGGCAAUUUGGAUAGUGGUGCUAGUGAAGAGCUGCUCAUGGCUGUGUUCAGCCACAUCGGGCCGGUUCGCAGCUGUAAAUUGAUACACGAGGAUACGAGAACCAUACGAGAUCUCCACCAUCUUCCGAAUCCACUUCUACUACUACUACUACUACUACCACCACCACCACCACCACCACCACCAACCAAUACCAAAACCACUACCACCACCACUACCACCACAACCACCAAUAUCUCCACACACCCCCCCAUCACCACCAACCACCUCCACCAACCACCACCUCUUGCUUCUGCUUGACCACGUUAAAGUCCCCCCUAAUAUUGAGUCCCGUUUUCUUCUUCAGACGAGAGGAACAAGGUUACAGCUUCUCAUCCAAGAUGAUAGUUGAUGAGGAUGUCAUAUUAACUUGUCAAAACAACUGAAGGAGUUUUGUCUCUGUAAACUGUCUCUCCGUCACACACUGCGUUUUAAAGUCGCUGCUGGCUGGCCUGCGCGCAGCCAUUAACACUUCACGACGGACAUAUUCGUAAAAGAAAGUCUCAUGUGUUCAUUAUAUGCAAUGUUGCGAACGCAUCUGUAAAUUCUCAUAGAUGAUUACUGUAUACUUACAUUGCUAAGAUUAGAUGUAUAUUGAGUGUAUAAUCAAACACUGCAGAU